AUGGCUGACAGGAAGGAAGUCGAUGCUCGCAUUGCCGCCCUUGAGGCUAAGAAGCGAUCGUUGAAGUUGCAACUGGACAAGCUCUCGGAGGAGCUGGUGGAGGCUCAGAGGCAGCAAGUGUUGUGCAUGCAGCGCGAGGAAAGUGUCAGAAAGAGUUUGGCGGACACGAGACAGUCCUACGGUGAGUCUAUAAAGGCAGCAGAAGCCGCUGAAGGAAAAUACACUCGCCUUCAUGACCGCUUUGACGAGGUUAGUCGUUAUGUGGUGACUCUGGCGGGUAACUCGAAAGAUAUGGUUGCUGAGAUCGAUGAGAAGGCCAGCGGGGAAUUGACGAAGAAGUUAUCACGAAUCACACAAGCGUACGUUGGCACGUGCCGAGACCAUCUGCGGUUCAUCGAAGAUCGUAUGAAUACUGUGUCGAUGAAUGUUAAGAAGUUGGCGCAGCAAAAGGAGGCUCUCGAGACUGGCAGCUCGAAGAUGAUGUCUGGGUUUACAUCAGCCGCUGCUUUAACGGGAGUGGAUUCCACCAGUACUGGCGGUGCCGACUCAAGCGUAUUGAAUACGUAUACAGCUAGGACGAACGAGGCCACUAUGAACCAGAUUAAGCAGGUUGGCGGGCGAGAGAUACGAUCACAGAUGUUGGAGGAGUCGCGGAGGCUGACGGAGUGUCGACAGGCGGCUAUUGAUUUCGUACAACCGUUGAAGUCGAAGGUCGAUGUGGAGACUUUCAGGCUAGAAGGGGAGCGAAUAGAGUCUUUAUAUCGCCAUACGUUGGCUGUCCUGAAGCAAGCUGAGGUGGAUGAAGAAACAGCUUCAUCCAAUGCCUCGCCGAGUGGUGCAGCACAGAAUGAUGAAAUCCUCGAAGAGACAGCGUCGUUGGGUAUGACGACGAGUGAAGAAGAAUCGAUGAAUGAUGCCCAACCGGAUGUGAAGGUCUGA